UAUUGCGUUAAAAGACUGGACUUCUCGACAGCCCUGCACAGUAAACUGGUGAAAAGCUACUGACAAUCUCGCUCAACCCUUCAUCGGACUGUUGACCGACUCUAAACCUGCAUAUCACUGAGUGGGCCCCUCUGUUGAUGACAUUCUGAACUAUCACCCAGAUGCUUCCAUGACAAGGGUUGAAAGCCUGAACUGAAACUUCACUUGUGUAUGGAACCCCCCUAGUUUAAACCUACACAAACCAACCUUGUGGGGGUUGCUAUUUGGAGCCAAAUAUGUUUCAUCUGAUCAAGAAGGACAAGGAUGAGAGGAAAAAGGACAAAAAGGACAAAAAGGAGAGGAUGUCCCAGGCAGAGCUGAAUAGUCUGGAGGAAAUGAGCCAGAGGCGGGGUUUCUUCAACCUCCACCGAGGAGGCUCUAAGCGGGACAACAAAAGCAAGCUGGAGAUCUCCAGCCCCAUCCCUAUAAAGGUAGCCAGCAACACAGAGCUCAGCCUUACUGAUCUAGAGCUCAGCCUUACUGAUCGCUUCAGCAACCGUGGCAGCAUGGUCCUGGACUUGGGCCAGAUGAGUGCCGCCAGCUCCAGUGACGACAUCAAGGGAGAUUGGGGACAGGAUCCCUGUCGCACCUCUGUUAAGGAGCGAGCGGCCAAGUUCGGCAGCCUGGCAAAGCAGAACUCCCAGGUGGGCCAGGUCAUGAAGCGCUUUUCCUCCCAGAAAAGCAAAGAGGAGAGUGUCUCUGAGGCCUCCACACCAAGCUCAACGCAACCAUCUCCCCAGAUAGAGAACAAGGUGUUUGACCAUCACAGACAUGGCUCCCAUCUGCAUCUCCAGGGCCACGGCAGGGCUGGGAAGAGGAUUCAUAUCCCAGAGGUAGUGGAGAAGACCUUCCCGGCAGACCUGCAGCUGCCUAGCGUUUUGGCGCCGCCCAUGCCUGAGCCCAGGGAACUGGAGCUGCAGCGCCGCAACACAGGAGACUUUGGCUUCUCCUUGCGCCGCACAACCAUGUUGGACCAGCAGCCUGAUGGUGGGGUCUACCGCCGUGUGGUUCACUUCGCUGAGCCUGGAGCCGGGACCAAGGACCUGGCGCUGGGUCUGGUGCCUGGAGACAGGUUGGUUGAGAUCAACGGGCACAACGUGGAGAAUAAGAGCCGGGACGAGAUCGUGGAGAAGAUCCGUCAGUCUGGGGACUCUGUGAGGCUGAAGGUGCAGCCAAUUGUGGAGCUGAGUGAGCUGAGCCGCUGCUGGCUGAGGAACGGCAGAGAGGCCUACGAUGUGAAGACUGAGGAGCAGAUAGCUGCUGAGAAGGCCUGGUACGGGACUGAGAAAGUGUGGCUGAUUCACAAGGAUGGAUUUUCCUUGGCGACCCUGUUGAAGACGGAGCCAGGCAGUCUGCCAGAGGGGACAGUCAAGAUCAGACUGGAGAGCGACGGCUCGUUGCUGGAUGUGCAUGAGGAUGAUGUGGAGAAGGCAAACCCUCCAUCGUUUGACCGCGUGGAGGACCUGUCCUCGCUGCAGUACCUCAAUGAGUCCAGUGUGAUGCACACCCUGCGCCAGCGCUACGGGGGCAACCUCAUCCACUCCCACGCUGGACCCAACAUGGUGGUCAUCAACCCCAUCAGCGCUCCCUCCAUUUACUCUGAGAAGGUGAUGCACAUGUUUAAGGGGUGCAGGAGGGAGGACACAGCGCCUCACAUCUAUGGCGUGGCCCAGUCAGCCUAUAGGAAUCUGCUGACCACCCGUCAGGACCAGUCCAUUGUGCUACUGGGAAAGAGCGGCAGCGGCAAGACCACCAAUUGUCAACACCUGGUCCAGUACCUGGUCACCAUCGCUGGCAGCACUGGCAAGACCUUCUCUGCGGAGAAGUGGCAGGCAGUCUACACCAUCCUGGAGGCCUUUGGGAACAGUUCCACUUCCAUGAACGGAAACGCCAGUCGCUUCUCUCACAUCGUGUGCCUGGAUGUUGACCAGGCUGGUCAGGUGGCCUCGGCCUCCAUUCAGACCAUGCUGCUAGAGAAGCUAAGAGUGACUAGGCGGCCAGAGGGAGAGUCCACUUUCAAUGUCUUCUACUAUAUGAUGGCUGGAGCUGACAGCUCUCUCACGACUAAGCUGCACUUCAACCACUUUGCUGAAAACAGUGCUUUUGGAAUUGUGCCUCAACCCAAGUCUGAAGACAAGCAGCGGGCCUCCCAGCAGUUCACCAAGCUGCAGGCAGCCAUGAAGGUCCUGGGUAUCAGUGGGGAGGAGCAGAGGGCCUUCUGGCUGGUCCUGGGGGCCAUCUACCACUUAGGGGCUGCAGGAGCCACCAAGGACGCAGACAAAGCCGGUAGGAAACAGUUUGCACGUCAUGAAUGGGCGCAGAAGGCUGCCUACCUGCUGGGCUGCACUCUAGAAGAGCUCUCCUCCUCCAUCUUCAAGCACCAGGCCAAGGGCACCCUGCCCAGAGCCAGCUCUAUACGUCAGGGGACAGACGAUGCAGCAGGAGACUUCUCAGGUUCCAAGGCCACAGCCAUGGAGUGUUUAGAAGCCAUGGCAUCUGGGCUGUACUCAGAGCUCUUCACCCUCCUCGUCUCCCUCAUCAACCGUGCUCUGAAGUCCAGCCAGCACUCUCUGUGCUCCCUGCUCAUCGUGGACACCCCGGGCUUUCAGAACCCUCGCUGGGCCAAGCGGGAGCGCGGAGCCACCUUUGAAGAGCUCUGCCAUAACUACACCCAGGAGCGCCUGCAGACACUGUUCUAUCAGCGCACCUUUGUACAGGAGCUAGAGAGAUACAAAGAGGAAAACAUAGAGCUCGCAUUAGAUGACAUGGAGCCCAGCACAUCUCAGUCUGUAGCUGCAGUAGACCAAGCGCCAAGUCAAGCCCUGGUGCGGACGCUGAGGACUGAUGAGGCUCGGGGCCUGUUGUGGCUGAUGGAAGAGGAGGCUCUGCAGCCUGGGGGUUCAGAGGAUACUCUGCUGGGACGCCUCUUCAGUUACUAUGGCCCUGCUGAGGGAGAGAGCAAAGGUCACACCUUGCUGCUGAAGAGUGGGAAGCCGCAUCACUUUCUGUUGGGUCACAGUCAUGGGACAGACUGGGUGGAGUAUGACGCCCGUGGUUGGCUGAGCCAUGCCAAACAGAACCCUGCCUCUACCAACGCAGGGAGUCUCCUGCAGGACUCCCACAAGAAGAACAUCAGUGGUCUGUUUAUGAGCCGAGGAGGCGGGGCCACCACCCUGUCAGGCUCCAUCGCGGGCCUGGAGGGUGUUUCCCAGCUGGCCUUGCGGCGCGCCACCAGCAUGAGGAAGACUUUCACCACUGGAGUGGCGGCCGUCAAGAAGAAGUCCCUCUGCAUCCAGAUCAAACUACAAGUGGACGCUCUGCUGGACACUGUGCGGAGGUCCAGGGUUCACUUUAUCCACUGCCUGCUGCCCAAUGCUGAUGCCCUGCGGGCGGGCAAAGGGGAGUUGGAGGCCCAGGGGGAGAGUGGAGACUCUGGCCUGAUGCAGCUGGAUGUGGCCCUGCUCCGGUCUCAGCUCCGCGGCUCCAAGCUGCUUGAUGCUCUCAGAAUCUACCGACAAGGAUACCCUGAUCACAUGGUCUUCUCCGAAUUCUGCCGCCGCUUCGACGUGCUGGCACCACACCUGACCAAGAAUCUUGGCCGCAACUACAUAGUGAAGGAUGAGAAGAAGGCUGUGGAGGAGCUGCUGGAGUCCCUGGACCUGGAGAAGAACAGCUAUCACAUGGGACUGAGCAGGUUGUUCUUCAGAUCGGGGACCUUGGCUAAACUGGAGGAGCAGAGGGAUGAGCAGACCAGACGCAACAUCACCCUGUUCCAAGCAGCCUGCAGUGGAUACCUGGCCAGACAGGCCUUCAAGAAGAGGGAGACCCAUGACCUGGCCAUCCGCUGCAUCCAGAAGAACAUCACGAAGAACAAAGGAGUGAAGGGCUGGCCCUGGUGGAAGCUGUUUACAACUGUACGGCCCCUCAUUGAGGCGCAGCUCACAGAGGAACAGAUCAGAGGAAAAGACGAGGAGAUCCAGCAUCUGAAGGGAAAGCUGGAGAAGACAGAGGAAGAGAGAAACAAAGUGAGAUUGAACAGUGAUCAACUGGAGAGCAGGAUCUCAGAGUUGUCAGCAGAGCUUGCAGACGAGAGGAACGCUGGAGAGUCGGCUUCCCAGCUGCUGGAGACCGAGACGUCUGAGAGACUGAAACUGGAGAAAGACAUGAAGGACCUGCAGGCUAUGUUUGACUUGAUGAAGAAGCAGAUGGAGUGUAUGGAGAUGGAGGUGAUGGAGGCUCGUCUCAUCAGAACAGCAGAGCUCAACGAGGACGUGGACGAUGAUGACGAUUCAGGAGGAGAGUGGCGUCUGAAGUACGACCGAGCCAUCCGGGAGACUGAGUUCACCAAGAAGAGAUUGCAGCAGGAGUUUGAAGACAUGCUAGAGACUGAGCAGCAGAGUAAAAGACCUCUGGAGAGGAAGCUGACUGACCUGCAGGCUGACAACGAUGAAGUGCAGCGCUCUGUGCAGCAGCUGAAGAAGAAGUGUAGCAGACUGACGGCUGAGCUGCAGGACACCAAGCUGCACCUGGAGGGCCAGCAGAGCCGCAACCAUGACCUGGAGAAGAAACAGAGGAAGUUUGACUUGGAGCAGAGCCAGGCCCAGGACGAAGUGCUGAGAGAGAGGACACAGAGAGAGAAGCUGGGCCGGGAGAGAGACAUGAUGACAGGGGAGCGGUUCAGUCUGUGCCAGCAGCUGCAGGACAAGGACAUGGAGCUCUGUGCCAUCCAGCUGAAGGUGGAGCAUCUGGAGGCGGAGCUAAAGGACCUGUCAUCCCAGGAGUCCAAGGAUGAGGCAUCGCUGUCCAAGACCAAGAAGAUGCUCCGCGACCUGGAAGCCAAGGUCAAAGACCAGGAGGAGGAGCUGGAUGAACAGGCCGGGACCAUCCAGAUGCUGGAGCAGGCCAAGCUGCGUCUGGAGAUGGGGAUGGUGAGUCUGCGGCAGACCCAAUCUAAAGACAUCGAUGGCAAGGAUGAGGAGGUGGAGGAGAUCAGGCAGUCCUGCAGUAAGAAGCUGAAGCAGAUGGAGGUACAGCUGGAGGAGGAGUAUGAUGACAAGCAGAAAGUCCUGCGUGAGAGGAGAGAGCUGGAGGCCAAGCUACUGUCUGCCCAGGACCAGGUGGGCUGCAGGGACGUGGAGACCGAGAAGAGGCUGAGGAAGGACCUGAAACGCACCAAGGUGCUGCUGGCUGAUGCCCAGAUCAUGCUGGACCACCUGAAGAACAACGCCCUCAGUAAGAGAGAGACCGCCCAGCUCAAAAACCAGCUGGAGGAGUCAGAGUUCACGUGUGCGGUGGCAGUGAAGUCUCGUAAGGGCAUGGAGAUGGAGAUCGAGGACCUGCACAUCCAGAUGGAGGAAGUGGUCAAAGUCAAGAUGUCGCUUGAGGAGCAGGUGUCACGUCUGCAGAGGGAGAAGAACGACCUGCAGUCUCGUAUGGAGGAGGACCAGGAGGACAUGAACGAGCUGAUGAAGAAACACAAGGCUGCCGUCUCCCAGUCUGCCAGAGACCUGGCCCAGAUCAGUGACAUCCAGGUCCAGCUAGAGGAAGCCAUGAAGGAGAAGCAGGAGAUCCAGGACAAGUUGCAGUCCCUGCAUAGCCAGCUGGAGUUCCAGGAGCAGUCCAUGGUGGAGAAGUCUCUGGUCAGCAGGCAGGAGGCCAAGAUCCGCGAGCUGGAAACCAAGUUGGAGUAUGAGAGGACCCAGAUCAAACGCCUGGAGAGCCUGACGGGCCGUCUUAAGGAGAACCUGGAGAAGAUGACAGAGGAGAGAGACCACCGCGGGAAUGGAGAGAACAGGGAGAAGGAGCAGAACAAACGUGUGCAGAGACAGAUGAGGGACAUCAAAGAGGAGAUGGCUGAGCUGUCCAAGAAGGAGGCUGAGGCCAGCCGCAAGAAGCACGAGCUGGACAUGGACAUAGAGAGUCUGGAGGCAGCCAAUCAGAGCCUGCAGUUGGACCUCAAGCUGGCAUUCAAGAGGAUCGGAGACUUGCAGGCCGCCAUUGAAGAUGAGAUGGUCGACAGUGACGGAGAAGAUGACAUCAUAAACAAUGGUGACGACUUGGACACGGACUCAGAGGUGGAGGACCGUGUGGACGAUGUCAAGUCCUGGUUGUCCAAGAAUAAGGGAUCCACCAAGACCCUGUCAGCGGAGGGCAGUCUGAAGAGCUCCAGCCCUCCUCUGUACCGGAGACACCUCAGUGAAGAGGAUGAGAAGGAGAGGGGUUCCAGCAGACACUCCCGGAAGGAAAGUGACAGUGAUGCAAAUCUGGCAGAGUCCACAGCGUAACAGAGACUAAAGCUACAUCUCUCUCUCUAACCACCAUCCUACACGAACAUACCAGAGACGGAUGUACCAUCCUUUAUAUACUCAUAAUACCCCUCCCCCAUACCAUCCUCAUAUGAACAUCAGUGAGCAAUGCUAGCUAGCACCAGAGGCAAGGGCAGGGGAAAGUCAGAGUGCACAUACAACUUCUAUUGAAAUAACAUGUUAUAGCCAUUUUCACUUGCUACUAAGAGCUUUGAAAAGAACAAUCUCUCACAACAUAUUUUCCACAUCAACUCUACAGCUUUGAAGUGAUAUAAAUACAGUUUAUCACCACUGGCUUAUUUAAGAGCUAUCUGUAGAGCUUCUCACCACUGGCUUAUUUAAGAGCUAUCUGUAGAGCUUCUCACCACUGGCUUAUUUAAGAGCUAUCUGUAGAGCUUCUCACCACUGGCUUAUUUAAGAUAGCCUAUGAAAAGCUGAUGCAUUCUCAAACUUUUGUAUCAUUUCAGCCAGUAGUUUUGAAAGUGGUGCUCACGAGCCAAAAGUGGUCCCUGUUUUUUGGGUAGCACGUCAUAUGUUAUGAAUCCAAUUUGUGCAAUAUGUUAUGAAUUUGGAUCCCGGAGUGCAUCUUUAAGCUCCUGUUGUCAUCUCUGUUUGAGGGCUGGAGAGCUUGUGGUUUAUUCAAAUGACUGUAUCAGGCCGUCUCCCUACAACCUGACUUCUCACUGCAAGUCCAUACGCCUGACACUCCAGCAUAUCCUCCUUACCACUUAGAAAUGCACUUGUCUCCUCUACAUGUGUUUGGACUGUUUGCUCUUGCACUUCAAGGAAUAUUUAGCCAAUAUCAGUGUAUAGAAGAAAGAAAGACACAAGUAUUUAUCUUGCUUCAAUACUGUUUUGAUUUUUAAUGGUUCUUAGAGAAUGGGAGGGAGAGCUGCUGUGAAGGGAUAGGGCUUUAUGUCACAUGCGUUGGAUCUGGUACAUUUGCAUACAUUAGUUCAUGCUGGAAUGGUUUUGGUCUGGCUCGUUUGAAGCUCCGCCAUGCGUUUGUUUCUUCCUGUCAUGUCUGUUGGUUUUCAAGGGAAUGCAUUUACUAUCUGCUAUGACGGGGGCUUUCUAGGGAUCUUGUUCUUUCUUUAGCUAUCAAGAUAUACAUGCACUGGAUAUCAGGGGAAAAAAGGGGUUUUGAGGCAAAUUGUCAUAGUGCUAUAAGCCCCAUGUCCCUCAUGGGGGGGAAAAAAGCAUGUUUGCAACAGAAGUUCUGAUCUAAUCCCUGGAUGAAUUGUCUCAUGUAGGAUAUAGCUGUGUCGUUCCACUAAUUGGGUGCCUUUUGAGUAGUGUAACACCUCAUUUUAAAAUUCUGUCAUAAAGAGCACAUGCGCCUUUAUAAAAAACAUGUUUUCCCGUCUCAAGAUGGGAAACGGGGAGGCACAAUUGAAAGUAAGCUUGACAAAAAAAGUAUCAUUGUUAAAUGUCUAGCCUAUCUACCUAUCGGUAACAGAGUUGACAUGUUAUGUUCAACCCGUUCACUUUUCCACCACAGAACACCAGAACAUGGCUGAAAAUAGUAGAGCCAGCUCACCUGCUUUUCCACUAGGAUUUUACUAUUAGAUGUUCAGUUUCUUUUAGAAGAAAAUAUAGAAAAAUGACUAAUUUCACCACAUUAAAAUGAGAGUUCAGUUCACAUAGCAGGGUUGACCAUAAAGGAGACCUGUUUUUCUUUUUUACAACCAAAUCUCAAUUUUUGUUUGUAAAUGGCGUGCAGUAGACAGGUCCAGACACCUUUUUGUGAUUUCGCAUGUUUUUGAGAAACUUACUCCAAACAGCAAAUCGCUCUCUCACCCUCGUUGUGUAGUAUGUGGGCCAACAGAACAGAUAAAGGAUCCAAAAACACCGAAAUAUGUCCUGUUCGAAACAUCAAAGCUCUCAGUAUAGUGAUUCAGGUCUUUAGAUGUUGUACACAUGAAAUUGUGUCAUUCCGAACUUUAUCCGCAAUGUUCUAUUCUAUUUUGUUGCGACUCGAGUGAUACCGCUUUGUCCCUUCUACAAAAUAAAGGAAACACUUGAGUAAAUGGGUGAUACAAAGUAUAUAGUCUAUUGAAAGCAUGGGUUGCUUCCACACAGGAAGUUCCAGCCCCUUGUAGAAGAGCUUUUCAGGCAGCUUGUGGUGGCCCAACACCCAAUUAAGACACAAUGUUGGUGUUUUCUUUAUUGUGAAAUAGAGAUUUGGUUGUAAAAAAUAACCUCUCCUUUAAAAUGAGGGACAGAUGUAAACAAAUCACUAAUCACAUGAAAUAAAUAAUAUUCUUUAGAAGUGUAUUUUUGUCAAAGCAACAAAAAUAACUAGGGCUUAAUAACAAUGGUGAACACGUGGAGAAAUGUUGGGAUUAAGAGGGUUAAGGGACAGGUCAAAAUGAUAAAACAUUUUUCAUAUACAAAUCAGAUUUAUUGAAUUCUUCAUGUGAUCUAUAUUAAAGGGCACUUAAAUGAAUACAAGUCUUUUAAAAAUGUAAUAUUGGUGCACAGUUUCUACUUAAAAUAUUAAAUGGAUGCAAAAGGCACUAAUUUCAUGGAACGAAUUUGGCCUUACUGAGUGACAAUGAUAUCCUUUAGUUUAACCUUAUGAAUUUUCAGUCGUAAAUAUGUAAAUUAUGUAUCUCCAUGUCCACAAGUGGGUUUUCAUGUGUCCAUGUUUCCAUUGCUCCUGUCUGUUCAUGUGCAUUGGAAGGAAAUGUUUAAAGUGUGUGGGAUAGACUAUUUUGCAUAUCUUCUCAGUGGGAGCAUAACUCUGCAUAUCUUUUCCCAUUUCCAGUUUUUCUAUGCAUUAGAUACAAAUAUUAAUAUGGAACAUAGGAUAAUUUGAUGUCAAUGCUUCUGAGUAGUGAUUUGUUAAAUAAAAUGUAUGUUUGAAUCUUGAGGCAUUUUUGGCUUUACACACAUAAUAUAUACAAUGUUUGAAAUGAUUCUAUGAUUCAUCAUAGCUUUUCAAACUGGUUUGUUUAUUUUCAUUAUGGAACAAUUUACCACUUGUGAUAGGAAUAAUUUUUUGCUUUAGUUUUAAUGUAAAUAAAUGCAGGUGUUUGUUUACAGUAA